GGCCCAUUAUCCCAUACAGGGUUUGAUGCCCUCCGGGCUGCCCCGGGUCUCUCUCUCUCUCUCUCUGGCUAUUUCCUUCGAACGAGUAACGACUGCCUUAACUCGUUUUCUCAAUUGUCUUGUGCAAUUCGCUUCAGACCUACUAUGGUAGUACUAUAAAUUUCGGCUUCAGUUUGUAAUACAGAUUGGUUUUGGAGGCCGCGUGGUUCAAAUCUUCGACAUGGAUAUACUAAGGAGGGCCAUAUUGGAGCCAGGGCCACCUGAAAAUUUCGCUCUCAAGACGGUCCAAGAAGUGAUAAAACCUCAGAAGCAAACAAAGCUAGUCCAAGAUGAGAAUCAAUUGUUGGAAAAUAUACUGCGGACAUUACUUCAGGAGUUGGUGUCAGCAGCAGUUCAGUCAGGGGAGAAAAUUAUGGAAUAUGGGCAAUCGAUUGUUGAUGGAGAUGUUGCUCAGGGUCAAAUUCCCCGCCUUCUUGACAUUGUACUGUAUCUUUGUGAGAAAGAACAUGUUGAAGCUGGUAUGAUCUUUCAGUUAUUGGAAGAUUUGACGGAAAUGUCUACUAUGAGAAAUUGCAAAGAUGUCUUCAGGUAUAUAGAGAGUAAACAAGACAUACUGGGUAAGUCGGAACUGUUCGCACGAGGAAAGCUUGUGAUGUUGAGAACAUGCAAUCAGCUUCUUCGGCGCCUAUCAAAGGCCAAUGAUGUCGUGUUUUGUGGACGAAUAAUCAUGUUCCUUGCUCAUUUUUUCCCAUUAUCAGAACGCUCAGCUGUCAAUAUAAAGGGAGUUUUCAACACAUCAAACGAGACAAAAUACGAGAAAGAAGCUCCUGAAGGCAUUUCUAUUGAUUUCAACUUCUACAAAACCUUUUGGAGUUUACAGGAACAUUUCUGUAACCCUGCUUCCUUGCCUCAAGCUCCGGCAAAGUGGCAGAAAUUUACUUCCAGUUUAAUGGUUGUGUUGAAUACCUUUGAAGCUCAGCCUUUAAGUGAUGAAGAAGGUAAUGCUAAUAAUCUCGAGGAUGAGGCAGCUACCUUCAGCAUUAAGUAUCUAACGAGCAGUAAACUGAUGGGUCUAGAGUUGAAAGAUCCAAGUUUUAGACGCCAUGUCCUUGUGCAAUGCCUUAUUUUGUUUGACUAUCUGAAGGCCCCAGGGAAGAACGACAAAGAUUUGCCAUCCGAAACAAUGAAGGAAGAAGUAAAAUCUUGUGAAGACCGGGUAAAGAACCUUCUGGAACUGACUCCUCCUAAAGGGAAAGAAUUUCUUGGUAGUAUCGAGCAUAUAUUAGAAAGGGAAAGGAAUUGGGUGUGGUGGAAACGUGAUGGUUGCCCAGCAUUUGAAAAGCCACCAAUAGAGAAGAAAUCAGUUCAGGAUGGAGUAAAAAAGCGUAAGCCACGGUGGAGACUGGGUAAUAAAGAACUCGCACAUUUGUGGAAAUGGGCAGAUCAGAAUCCGAAGGCUCUUACUGAUCCGCAACGUGUGCGUACUCCUGCAGUCACAGAAUACUGGAAACCGUUGGCUGAAGAUAUGGAUGCAACUGCUGGAAUAGAAGCCGAAUAUCACCACAAAAAUAAUCGGGUGUAUUGCUGGAAGGGUCUUCGAUUUUCUGCUCGACAGGACUUAGAAGGCUUUUCUAGGUUUACCGAACAUGGUAUCGAAGGUGUCGUGCCUCUUGAACUUUUGGCACCGGGUGUCCGGUCCAAAUAUCAACCUAAACCAAGUGACAGAUCCAAACGUGCUAAAAAGGAAGAAACAAAAGGUGCUGCACAUCAAGCAGAAGAAGGCCAGUUCGUGACACCCACAAGUGAGAUUGAUGUUGAGGGAAGCAGAGCCGACCUUGAAGCAUCAGCAGCACCAAUGGACACUGAUGCUGCAAUUACUGAGAAUCUCUCACGGGAUGGAACUCCGGACGAACACCAGAAGCAAAGCUCGGAUAUGGAGCCCGGACAGAUAGAAGCAGAUGUGGAAGCAGAGACAGGGAUGGUUGACGGAGAGACAGAUGCAGAAGUUGACUUAGAUGCUGUUGGAUAGGACAACUCAUGAGAGUCUUUGUUAACUCCCGGAGCUCGGAAAGCUAACAGUACCUAACAAUUCAACGACCAGAGCUGAUUAUUGAUUAUAAGCCUAGCAGCUCUGUAAUUGCUUUACAAAAUGGAAGUUUCUCUAGAGUUCUGAGUCAUAUUCAGCUUUCCGUUGGGGAUAAACAAGUCAUGUUGUAUGUAAUGCCUGAUCUUUUUUGCUAGACCAAAAAAGGUGGGCUAUGGCGACCAACGUAGUUGACCUUCCUUGGGGUGUGACCUUAGGGGAACCCACCUGCCCUGAAAUGUCCGUAUUUGAGCCAUAGCUGAUCCAGCCGGGGAGGAAAUUUUUUUCUCAUGAGUUUAAUGUAAUGCUUGAUCUACAUGAUUUUGAAUACCCAUCGUUAAGAACUACUUCUACCACCCACUCAAUCUGAAAAAGAAAAACUAAACAAGUAA